AUGGGAUCCGAAGUAGAGGUGGGAAUUUUAAGCUCGGAUCAGGUGAAAGAACUGUACCUGGGCACUCUCCUGCUCGGAAGACGCCGGGAGCAGCCGAUCUUCACGUCGAAGGCGCACGUGUUUCAUAUCGACCCGAAGACGAAGCGUUCCUGGCUGUCUGCCUCCACGACGGCCGUGCCCGUGUCUUUCUUCUAUGAUUCCUCCAGGCAGCUCUACCGCAUCAUCUCCGUCGAGGGAACCAAGGCUGUGAUCAAUAGCACGGUGACGCCGAACAUGACGUUCACGAAGACGUCGCAGAAGUUCGGCCAGUGGUCGGACAUCAGAGCGAAUACCGUCUACGGGUUGGGAUUCGCCAACGAGGCCGAUCUCAACAAGUUCAUUGAGAAGUUCCAAGAGGUGAAGGAGGCGAUUCGACAGAGCUCAGGCCCUUCCACCGUUGGCGCUGGAACAGCUGCAGGAGCGGCGAAACUAGCAUCCUCAACUGCCAAUGGGACGGAGAUAGCUCCACCCGCUAGUAUGAUGAACAAUGACGUGACGGUAGUGUCGGCGGGAUCCGGGGAUCACCUCAUCACGGGCCCGCCGGGUGAUAUGACGGUCAACUCGGCCACCUUGCCUAAGGGAGGGCUUCCUUCCUCGGCUGCUGCCGCUGCAGCCGCCGCUGCUGCCGCUGCCGCUGCUCAUCAGAGGAGCCACAGUCUCACGGGUGUUCAGUCUGAGAGUCCGAAGAAGCCAGUUACCAUGGGAGAUGGGAAGAUGGGGGCUUCCCCAGCCAUCAGUGGGACCCCCGAGAACCAGCUCAAAUAUGAAAAUGAGCGCUUGAAGCUUGCUCUUGCUCAAAGCUCAGCAAAUGCCAAGAAGUGGGAGGUGGAGCUGCAGACAUUGAAGAACAAUAAUGCCAGGCUCACUAGUGCCCUCCAGGAAUCCACCUCGAACGUCGAGGAGUGGAAACGUCAGCUCCACAGCUACAAGGAGGAGAAUCAGCGGCUCAAGACUCGAAUCAUUGAGGUCGAGGCUGCAAAGGGGAACCAAGAGGCAGCUGUGGAAUUACACAAGGAGAUGAAUGCAUUGAGGACGAAAGCUGAGAAUCUGGAGAUGGAAAUGAAGACAAAAGAUGACGAGAUUCGCCGCUUGACCCGACAUGCAGCUGAGGCUUCUGCCCGACCUGCUGCUGAUGCUGACAAGAUUAAGGUGGUGCAGGAAGAGAAUGAAUCCCUGAAAGGGACAAUAACGCGGUUGAAUCAGCAGCUGGAGACAGCAUUGGCAGCCCAGGAAUCCCAACGUCGAGUCCUCGAGACCCUGGCUCAUCAGCUUGGACAUAGGCUUGCUGAACUUGGCUCGAUCCAUCGAGAAAUGCUCACCGCCAUCCAGACAUGAAUCACCUUCCAUCACCUCUACCCUUUUUUUCUUAGUCAUGGACUGCUUGGAUCAUAUUUAUAUGCUGAAGACACCUUCAAAAGUCACAUUCCCAUGGCAUUUAAAUGACAAGACCAGAGAGUCAAGGAAACCUCAUGCUCUCUGAGAGCUCUACUUUUCAAGUAGUCUAGAAUGAUUCAGAUGGAAUCUCUGUGAUGCAUAAUCAUCUCACAUGCAUAAUUUAGGUGUUCUCUAGGCGCUUCCUUGGUUUUCUCAUGUGUCAAAUUGCUUCGCUUUUACCCUGCAUUGAUUGAUAUGUCACUUCUUUUUUACAUUUUUGAAAACCGUGUUCCUUCAUGCGAUCUGCUUGAGUCAGGGAAACUGAGUGCAAUAGAGUUGGAUUCACGAGUCUCUUUCUAGUUGGUUUCAGAGAGGGUGCAAUUUUAAAGUCAUCCACUCAGACAGAUUUGCUCAUGCCAGCUAGGCUGGUGUGGGAUGUGCUGAGUUAAGCUGAGGUGUAGACAUCCAGCUGCUGAUUUUAAUAACUCACCCAGAGCCUGUUUGAUUUUUUUAUUUUGAUCUCAUCCCAAAGGGACUAGCCUAAACAGUGUUCAUGAUUCUCAGAGGCAAUUUUCUCCUUUGUAAAAAAUAUUCUGAAGUUCAGAGG